AAACCACUGAAAGUCUAGCGAUGUACGUGUGAGCCUUUGGCCUGGAAAUAUAUAUAUAUAUAUAUAUAUUGUGACAGUGUGGCGAUCUGUCAUGCUGCGAUUCUCAACAAAGCAGGUUAAGGGGCUCCAGGGUACUUGUUUGAUGCAGAGGAAAGUGAUUUUUCACUUUCCUCAUUUGUUUGUAAAGUCCAUUUUGGGACCUGGAGCCUGGAGAUCUCAAAGUGAUUUGGGAGGGAUGAAAUCUCCAAUCCUGGGACCAAGUUUUGGGAAUGGCCAGGAGACUGAUUGGUCAGGUGUGUGUGAGUCUCUUCUAGAGUCGGGACCAGGGUUCUGGUCUCCACCCUCCCGAGGAGUCUAUGUGGGUGCAAGGGAGCAGCCACAGGUGUGCAUGGUGGCACAGCAUAGUCUGAGAGCAGAC